AUGGUUAUUAAGUUACCAAGAGUUUAUUCAUUAGGUUCAUCGCCAAUAGCUUCAGUUUUAUCUUAUGAAAUUUCUCAAUUGCCAUUACAACCCAAGGUUCCACAGGUUAUAUUGUUGCUGAAUGAUCAGAAGAAGUUGGAUAGGUUUUUGUUGAAUGAGUCGAGGUUGACUGUUAGAGGUAAAGGUCAGAUUGGUGAGCAUUGCACUCAAUUUAUGGCUAGUUGUUCUCCUCCAGUUUAUUCCACUGGUGAAGCUGCAAUGAUUGAAAAUUUAGUGAUAUCUGAGCCAAAUAAUAAGAGUCUGAGUGUUUCCUUGAACAAGUAUUCGAAGUCAAUUGGUUCGACUUCGAAUAUUCUAUUGUUGAAUCCCUUCUUUGGCUCAAUUGAUUCUUUAUAUAACUAUAUAUGGAAUGGGAAGCUGAAAGGAAAAGGGAAAGGGAAAGGGAAAGAGAAAGAGAAACAUGAUCCCAGUGUUAAUCUCCAUCUACAGAGACCAAAUUUAUUGAUGGGCUUAGUCGAUAAUAUCCCUCCAGUGAUAAGUAAUACAAAUAAUGAAUUCACAUUUCAAGUUAAUAAUUCAAGGUUGGCAAUGGAUAUAUGUUCAGUACCAAGAGAAUUUGAAAGUUAUUCCUAUGAAAAGGAUCUUGAUUCGUUACAUAGCAUGGAAACAAAUAAUGUUUUAUUUAAACUAUUGCAUGAAACAUCUGUGAACUCAAAGUUAUCUUCAACUCCACUGAAAUUAGACAUUCAACCGUAUGCUUACGGUGAUCUAUUGUUGAAAAGAUUGGAAAAUGUUAUGGUAACUGGCAAUAUCAACGUUUUAACAAGUUUGUAUGAUUGUAAAUUUAAUGGAGAAUUAUUACAAAUAAAAGAUUCUACUAAUAUUUUACAAAGGCUCAUUAGAGAACAAAUUGACAUUAUUUUAAAUUCAAUGACAUUUAUUAAUAAAAUACCAAAUUAUCAAAUCGCGUUGGAUCAGGAAAGACUGCUGAAUAUAAUUAUUGAUGAUUUGAAGAAAAAUUGUAACAAGACAAGUAAAAUGAAGAAAGAUUUAGAUUCGUUAAAUUUAACUAAUAUAAAUCAAGAAAUUGGAUAUUUUGUAAAACUUGCAAAAUAUCAUCGCAUUAAUUGUAAAUGGAACUCUAUUAUCACACAAUUAGUUAAAGGUAAAGCAGCAUUAAUAAAAUACAGAGCAUUAAAUUAUUCCUAUUUAUAA